GCCCCUCCUCCUCUGGCGCUAGCGGGCACGCGGCUCCUUUUCACCAGCUUUCACCAUCAGCAGACGCCGGCCGGCUGGGAAGACGUGGUGGGCAGCGCUUAGACUGAAGUCACAGAAAAUAUACGGGUUGUUUUUAAGAUCGAAGACGGUAAUCUGUGUACUUUCCUGUCGGCUUCCAAAGAUUACUAACUUUUAACUAUAUCAUUAAAAUUGAACUGCCUUGACUAUACCGCUACUCUUACUGCUGCUUCCAUUAUUGCCUUCUUCAGCCAAAUAAGGCUUCCAGAAGCCAAAGAAUAGCAAGAGUUAAACAUCACUUUUAGAAGCCUUUUCACUAUGAAUCUUAAGUUAGAUGUGCUCACCAUUAUUUUGCUGCCUGUCCACUUGCUAAUAACAAUAUACAGUGCCCUUAUAUUUAUUCCAUGGUAUUUUCUUAACAAUGCCAAGAAGAAAAACGCUAUGGCAAAGAGAAUAAAAGCUAAGCCCACUUCAGACAACCCUGGAAGUCCAUAUCGCUCUGUCACGCACUUCGACUCAUUAGCCGUCAUAGACAUCCCUGGAGCAGACACCCUGGAUAAAUUGUUUGACCAUGCUGUAUCCAAGUUUGGGAAGAAGGACUGCCUCGGGACCAGGGAAAUCCUAAGUGAAGAAAAUGAAAUGCAGCCAAAUGGAAAGGUUUUUAAGAAGUUAAUUCUUGGGAAUUAUAAAUGGACCAACUAUCUUGAAGUGAACUGCAGAGUGAACAACUUUGGUAGUGGACUCACUGCGUUGGGAUUAAAACCAAAGAAUACUAUUGCCAUAUUCUGUGAGACCAGGGCCGAAUGGUUGAUUACGGCACAGACCUGCUUUAAAUACAAUUUUCCACUUGUGACUUUAUAUGCAACGCUUGGCACAGAAGCAGUAGUUCAUGGGCUCAAUGAAUCUGAAGCUUCCUACCUGAUUACUAGUGUUGAACUUCUAGAAAGUAAGCUUAAGCCUGCACUGUCGGAGGUCAUCUGUGUGAAACAUAUCAUUUAUGUGGACACUAAGGCCGUCAAUAGAGCAGAGUACCCUGCAGGAUUUGAGAUUCACAGCAUGCAAUCCGUGGAAGAAUUGGGUUCCAAGCCAGAAAACGCAAGCGUCCCUCCCAAUAGACCGACCCCUUCAGACUUGGCCAUUGUGAUGUACACUAGUGGGUCUACUGGCCGCCCCAAGGGGGUGAUGAUGCAUCAUCGCAAUUUGAUCGCCGGCAUGACAGGCCAGUGUGAAAGAAUCCCAGGACUCGGACCAAAGGACACAUACAUUGGCUACUUGCCUUUGGCUCAUGUGCUCGAAUUGACAGCAGAAAUAUCUUGCUUCACCUAUGGCUGUAGGAUUGGCUAUUCUUCUCCACUUACGCUCUCAGACCAGUCCAGCAAAAUUAAAAAAGGAAGCAAAGGUGAUUGUACUGUCCUGAAGCCUACACUUAUGGCAGCUGUCCCGGAAAUCAUGGAUAGAAUUUAUAAGAACGUUAUGAGCAAGGUCCAAGAGAUGAACUAUAUUCAGAAAACUCUGUUCAAGAUAGGGUACGAUUACAAAUUGGAACAGAUCAAAAAGGGAUAUGAUGCGCCCCUUUGCAAUCUGAUACUGUUUAAGAAGGUGAAGGCUCUGCUAGGAGGGAAUGUCCGUAUGAUGCUGUCGGGUGGAGCCCCCCUGUCUCCACAGACACACCGAUUCAUGAAUGUCUGCUUCUGCUGCCCUGUGGGCCAGGGCUAUGGACUGACAGAAUCAUGUGGUGCUGGGACCGUUACCGAAGUUUCCGACUAUACUACUGGCCGAGUUGGAGCUCCUCUUAUUUGCUGUGAAAUUAAGCUCAAAGACUGGCAAGAAGGCGGUUAUACAAUUCACGACAAGCCAAACCCCAGAGGAGAAAUUGUCAUUGGCGGACAGAAUAUCUCCAUGGGAUAUUUUAAAAACGAAGAGAAAACAGCAGAGGACUAUUCUGUGGAUGAAAAUGGACAAAGGUGGUUUUGCACUGGUGAUAUUGGCGAGUUUCAUCCUGAUGGAUGCUUACAGAUUAUUGAUCGUAAGAAAGAUCUGGUGAAGUUACAAGCAGGAGAAUAUGUAUCUCUUGGGAAAGUAGAGGCCGCAUUGAAGAACUGUCCACUUAUUGACAAUAUCUGUGCUUUUGCCAAAAGUGACCAGUCCUAUGUGAUCAGCUUUGUGGUUCCGAAUCAGAAAAGGUUGACCCUUGUAGCACAACAGAAAGGAGUAGAAGGCUCUUGGACUGAUAUCUGCAAUAACCCUGCCAUGGAAGCUGAAAUACUGAAGGAAAUCCGAGAAGCUGCAAAUACCAUGAAAUUGGAGCGGUUUGAAAUUCCUAUCAAGGUUUGCUUGAGCCCAGAACCCUGGACCCCGGAAACUGGCUUGGUAACUGAUGCUUUUAAGCUGAAAAGGAAGGAACUGAAGAACCAUUACCUCAAGGAUAUCGAGCGAAUGUAUGGAGGCAAAUGAAAUGCAACUCUGUAGUAAUGCCGUUAAGCAGGAGGUGGCCUGGUGGUUUCUCAAUCCUAGUGUGUUAAGCCUUUGUUGAGCUGUCUGUUAGAAGUAGGCCUGUCAUUCUAAAAAUACAAGAAUUAAAAAAAAACACACCCGAUUAACAUAGUCGUUGAGUCUGACUUAGAUGUGCGUAGUUCUAGUGGCACUGUAACUGAAAAGUCAUUUCCCUUCAGCCGUGCUCCGAAUUUUAGAACCAACAAUUCUGUUUUGAAAAUGGAGCCCACGGUGUCAUUGUUUUCUGAAAGGAACAUGUUUGAUGUUGAGUCAAAGAGGAGUUGAAGUGUUGUUUGAUGAAAUGGGCAGCUUGCAAUGUCUGUCGUCUUUCUAGUUCAGAAGAAGGUGAACUAUUAAGCAUCACACACACAACUAUGUAUUAACACUACUCAAAGCAGGAGUGUGCUGCAGGGCUUUAAAAUCCUCUUCGAACUAUUUCUCGAUUGUAUUGUAAACUGCAAAAUCAAAGACUAUCAUGGAAACCAUUUGAUGAUUUAUAAUGGUUAAUAUAGAUUAGACAUAGCGUCAUUGUAAUGUUGUGAAUAAUUUCAGUGCAUAAAAUAAGAAUAAAACAGCAUACACACACCAAAUAAUAUUUAAUGAUCUAUUUACAAGAAAGUCCUUUCUUUUUUUAAUGUCAAAAAUUGCCACUGGAAAUGUUGUGAAAAGCGAUGGACUCUUACUGCAAGGCCCUGAACUUGAGAAAGCAACUUCCACGCUGAACAUGUCAUAGGAAUCAGGGAUUGUUUUUUUGAUGCGCUUGCAUUAAAUCACAGGUAUGAUUUGAGGUCUCCUUGCUGUUGCUGCUUUGAUUCUUGAACAGAAGGCUACGGUUUCAGAACGCCUUUUCUUUUGCUUCCACUUUAGCUAUGCCGGUUCUCAAUGACUUCCCCUGUUAUCUUGUUUGAACCUGUGAGUGAGGAAUGAUCUUGAGUGACUUUGGGGAAGGUCCAGGGCAAAUACCAGUGUUCCCUUCCCCCCCGCCCCCUCCCAUUUAAGAAGCAUGUAGAAACUGGAAAUGUUAGAUGUGGGAGAAAGGGAUGAGUUUACUUGAUAAGCGACUGCUAUUUGUGCAGUAACUUGGGAGUGAGGAUUGCUUUUUGAAUCUUGAAUUAAAGUCUGGGAUUAUAGGUCCCUGAUGGAUAUUCACGCUCGAAGCGCACAGUUACUGUCAACAGCAAAAAUCCUUAAUACUGCCAUUCUUUGCACUUUUUUUCUUAAUCAUUAUAUAUAUAUAUAUGCAUAUAUAUAUAUGUUGCUUACAUUGCUUUGUACAGAUUUGGGCCACCACUGCAAUGAAAUACAAAUUCUUUUUGCUCUAAAAUAUUUAUAAGAAUAUUUAAGUGUUAUGUAUAUGGCGGUAAAAAGGGGGGGAAAUCACCUGGUCUUAUUUUAAACAAGAAUAAAGGGUUGUUUGUGUGUGUGUGUAUGUGUGUCAAGAUUUCUGUUCAUUGUUCUGCAGUGUAAAAUGCUAGGCAAGUAGUCACUGAAGUGGCAAUUAUUCACUGCACUUGACUUUGAGGAUUGAAAAAUCAUUAUUAUCAAAAUAGACUACUCUUGAGCUUCUACCAUUCUUGGCCCACUGUUUGUUAAUCCUUGAAGAAUGGGGGUUUUUUGGUGUUGUUUUCAGAUUUUCCCCCCCUGUAUGGGAUUCCCCCUCAUUUGGAAUGGUGAUAUUCAAUGCUGGAAUGCAUGCAUUCGUACCUUAUCUCAGAUGUUUGCAUCUCUAUCCCCACCCCCACUAUCCCCCAUCCAUCCCCAUCUCCCAAUAGCUAGAACACUGCCAACUAAUCUGUUGUGUAGGUCCUCUUAGAUAAUUAACACUUAAGGUUGGGUGCUGCUAAUUCUUUGCGAAAAUCCAAAUAUUGUUAAGGGACCAGGGAGAUGCCACUACCCCUUGAUUUUUCAUCACAACAUUACAUGUUUGUGUAAACAGAAAGCUUUCCAUAUAUGUAGUACUUUUUGAAGUAUUUGAGGCUAAAGAUUUUGAUCUCACAUUUUUUACAGUUGUUUAAAUCUCUCACUGUUUAAAGAUGUUUGGAAUGUUAGCCAUCAUAGUUGUACUUUUAAAAUUUUGCAACAAGUCUGUGCGUUUGUAAGUUCAACACUUGUGACUUUUGCUUUAAUUACAAUGAAGUCAACCUUUUUACCUCCUUGACAUUUUUAUUCACUUUUAUUUUCUUGAGUGGAGGUAUAAGUGUGUGGUUUUAUCAGUGGAACUACAGAUGAAUGAUUCCAAAAUUCAGGAGAAUAAAGUUUCUUCAAACGAAGAACCUGGUGAACUCUUUGCCUCUAUUUUCCAGAUAGCAUGAGACACAUAUGUCUAAGGUAUUUAAAUGAGGACAAACGGAACAUUGUGUGUGUUUAAGAUUUGGAGGGGAAAUGUCCUCAAUUUCAAAUGUAGUUACAAAUUCGAAUGCAUCCAUAUUUUAUACUGUUCUGUUUUAAAUUCACGAUGGCAGGAUUGUUAGAUUUUAUGUUUAUUCUGAAUGAAAAGCUUUGUUUGUUUUUAAGUUUUCACUUGAAUAUUAAUAAAUCCACCCAUGUUAUAUCAA